CCGCCGACGUUUGUUUAUUUCGACCAACCUGGAUUGUCUCGUGAUUAGUAAUAAGGAGUCACUAUAAUCCAAAAGGUUCCUUCUGAAGUAAAAUUCUAUUUUCUGAUUUCUCUAUGGUUUGCACAUAAUGUUAAGAUAUGCUGUAUUGCGGUGCAUCAAAUCAAUCGUAAGGCGUUGCAACUUCUUCGCCAACCAGGUGCUGAGGGUCCUGUAAGUUCAUAAUCUGUGUGAUCACUGCACAGAAUUCACUCUUCGAUGUAACUAAUAUAUGAAUCCUGUGUUUUAGGCAAUCCAUAAAUGCACGGAAAUUACUACGCUCUGAAAUGGUCUUUGGACGUCAUGUUGGUGAACUUGUGUUUUUAGUUAAACAUAGUUUUCAGGGUUGUGAAAUGGUAGGUGAGUCGGGUUAUCAACUUAGGAAUUUGCCAAACAACCGCUCUAAGCGUAACGUAGGUAUCGACUGUGACUCCAAUACCUGUGUGCGUCAAGCUAAGCGUCCACGGCGAUCUGACUCGACCUCAUCGCAUAAAGAGAACAAUGGCCUCUGUUCGGCACCGAAAAACAGUUCCCCAUCUAGGUCCAGAGUACUCCCAUUAAGGAGCAUCCAUCCAAUGAAUACAAUAAAUGAAUCCACAAAUGUCUCAACGCUUGUUCGAAGACUUAAAGUACCUGGAGAUUCAAGUGAAACUACUACCCGGCUAACACGUUCGUGUAGUGUCAAAACAAGUCCAGUUGCCAUCCAAAAACGUACUUUGCGAAGCAGUCACCGACGCAGCAUUCAAACUAUUCCGAAUGCCAUAUUACAGGUUAGGCUGGAACGUUUCCCAGUUCAGUCUUGUUCUUGUAUACAGUCUGACUCAGUCGUCGGUUCGUGUAGUAGCAGUUUGGCGGAUGGAUCACAGACAGAAACAAAGGCUUCAAGAGAGUUGCUACCCUUGUUCUCUCCAAGAAGGUUUAGUUCAGUUGGAAAAGAUCAGGCAGCUAAGCUAAAGCGACUAAACAGAAGGCGCAUGGAGUUCGACGUUCAAGAAUUAGGCCAGUCUUAUGGCUGCGAUCUUUCUCCUGCAUCCUCCGAUUCACUACUUGUAAGUAAGAGCUUUAUUUAUGUGGUUUAAAAUGUCCAUUAUCGAUGUUAUGUGAGUGGUCAAUAGCCUAGCCUAGUUACUGUAUGUUAAUUUCCACUUUGUAGUGACGCUUCGAGAUUCAUAUCAGCUAUUUGUCUUAAAACAGAAUGUUCACAGGUCUACGUAAUUCAGCAUUUCGACUUUGUAUUCACUCUAACCAUAUUUCUAUACUUUAUGACAAUUGAUAGUUUUAGUGGAUUAUAAGCUUCUUGAAUUAGCUACUUUCCCUUAAUAAUUUCUAAUUUUCAGAAUCAAUCUGUAGUGGGUGAUCCCCUGGAAAAAUUAUUGCGGUUAUGCGGCCAAACUGAGAUCAAGUCAUUCGAUGAAUAUUUUGACCACACGUAUGAUACUCACUUAUAAGUUCAUAAUUUUGUUCAUAGAAUAAUUGAAAGUAUGGUGAAAAUUGGCGAGGGUGUAUAUGGUGAAGUAUUUCAGUCACCGAAAGGCAAUGUGGUCAAAAUCUUCCCUGUGGAUGGGGAAAAUCUUGUCAAUGGUGAGAAGCAAAUGAAAUUUGGAGAAGUUUAUCCUGAAGUGUUCGUAUCGCAGAAGUUAAGUGAGCUUGCAUACAAGUAUCGACGUAACCGGUCAGUCAAUUUUGCUCAGCUAAAGAGGUAAAUAUUUGUACACCACCUCACUUCAUUUUUAGAGCAACUGUUGUUCGAGGAAAACUACCUAAGGCUUUAGCUUCAAGUUGGAGAAAAUAUGAAAACCAACGGGGUUCAGAUAACGAAUGUCUGGACUUCUUACCUGCUGAACAACAAUGGAUGGUUUUAGAGUCUGAAUUCGCUGGAGAACCACUUUCCAAUGUACGAGAUGAUUCGAGGAUCAUGGAUCCAUGAGAUUCGCAUCCCAUAGGUGCUUUCCGCACUUCUUUGGAGAGCAUCGGCGCAACUUCUUAUGUAUGCGAGGCGUUUUCUUCAUGACCAGAAUACAACAGCACCUCUCCCGCAGCUUACGUCAAAUGGGUUUUACUUGUUUCAAGAGUCGACAGGUUAUAUCUUAUCAUUUCUGCCGCUACUAGAAUGAUCCUCCCGGUCUCCUACAUUGUGCGGAGAUCCUAUGUACCUAUAUUAACUGUUGCUCUGGUUGUCAGGAGCAGCAUCGGCCUCGUGAUUUUCUAAGAAUCUCGGCUAUCGCCAUGAGGUGUGAUAACUAUUCAAAAUGAAGAACUUCCAACUCCUAAGGAAAAGUUUAGAUGGUGAAACUUUUUUCUGGUUAGCGUUUUUUGAGCAAGGUUCUUUUCUGCGAGAUGGGGUUUCUAGCCCCAUGCCCAGUCCUCCUUUAUCCGGGCUUAGAACUGGCAGUAAAUCUAGUAAGGCCCCAAACGAGGUUGUUGACACAAAGUGAAAAAAGGUUAGAAGAACCAAAAUAAUUUUAGUGGACUUCACUUUCUUUGAUACUCACUAUUCCCAAUUUGAGGACCGACUUUCUCGUUUUCACAGUCUCAAAUCGCAAUGAUUUAUAUUUAUUUAGAAACUUGUACCAUAGUUUACUUACCAUUGCUAUUUAUAUGUUUCUUAAAGCUGAGUGAAAAUAUUUGUCUUGUGGUUACAUAUGCAGUUUGAACUCAACAUCAGUAGGUAAACAAUACUCUUGACUGUGUUUGGACAGUAUCCUGGGAAGUAGAAGUUUUGAUUGAAUCAGGUGUUAUAUAUGUUAGUACAGAUCUCGUCAGUAAUUUAAUUAAGUGGUAAUUUGGAUAUUACUUGUGUUAUACGCAGAAUCUUUCAUCACAGCAGUAUUAUCACGUAUAAACAUGAAAAAUGUACUCCCAGCUGUUAUUUGUGUAUACUCAGUUGAUCUUAGUGAUUUUAGUACUAUAUGCUUUUCAUCGAUGUUACAUUUAUGUGUUUAUGAAGUUCAACACUUGUCGUGAAGCUCGUUCUGUGAUUGAACAGAUAGCAUUGUCCUUGGCUGCCGCUGAAUCUGCUCUUCAAUUUGAACAUAGAGACUUACAUUGGCAUAAUGUAUUGGUCCGACCUACUAGACAAUGGAAACUGCGCUAUCGCGUUGGGGGAGUGAGUUAUGUCGUUUUCACUGAAGGAAUACAAGUUACAAUAAUUGAUUUCACAGUAUCCCGUCUUUGUCAUGGUACGGAUUAUUUUUUACGUAUUUCUCGAUACGCAUAUAGAAUGUUUUGUUCUAUUCACUAUUAUACUUGGAACACUAUCAAAGGAUUUUUUGUAUCUUAUUUACUCCAGGUAGUACCUAGUCCAUUUUAAUGAGUAUUUUUAUAUCAUAUGGAUGUUCUUAAUAGCUAUAGUAUUUAUUUAUUUGAACAUAUAUUGGUACAAAAGAAAGUCAGGUUGUAAAGAGAUAAACGAACGAAGAUGAGUAUAAUAAAGAGAAAAACAAUAAGUGAAUAGAGCAAAGAAUUAUGGUAAAAGCAGUUCUACUGGGAAGAAUACAACCAGGUAAAAUUCUCUCAGUACAAGGUCCUCUCACUUAUAUGGAGAAAGUAAAAGGAAUAACAGCAGGAUCACCACUGACCGUUAUGAGUCAUGUCUGAUGGCAUGUCAAGCCAAUUGUGUUGCACUCUAGGACCUCAACCAAAGAGUCGUAAAUAAUCGACAGACACUAGUCCUGUACAACUUCUUUUCACAGCAUGGGACUAUCAUAACCCGACUAAACAGGUUAGUUUGGAUGGGACACAUGGUUUCAGGAAGGCUUAUUCGAAAUUCGUAUUCAGUGGUAGCAUUCAACUGUCGACCAGUUGGUGACCUGAUUUCCUUUAUAUAGGAAAGGAAUACACAAAAUGGGAGUGAAAGUAAAUAGAUAAGUGAUGGAAUCUAAAAUAAAAAUAAUGCUACUAAAUAGUUGAAUAUAAAUUAUGGGGGUAUUUCCUUAAGUCGUAGUCAUCAUCCACGAGACAGUUGAGCAACGUCGGGAGAUACUGUGAUUUGUGGUUUGGAGUCAGACUUUUCCAACUCCCUUAGAUGUCUCCUGCAAUAUUGACCAGUCUGGUUCAAGCACCGGACAUUCGCCUUCCAUCCUCACUUUUUCUUUGAACACUCCAGUCACGAGAAGGCACUGAGGGGAAGCGAACGUCCUCCACCCUCGGCCGUUUUAGUGCAUUUGGGGGAAAAGCCGUAGGUGAACCCUGGUGCAGCCCAGCUAUAGACGCGAUUCUAGACAGAAUAGUUAAUCCCUAAUUUUACACGCCACUUUACUAUUAAAGUAAAAUACCGAAUAAACGCAAACAACAGUGAGGACUAGAAAUAAAACAAAGCGUAGAUGCUAAUUCCCGUGGAUCACAUGGAACUUGUCCUUAAUAUAUGAUUUUUCACCAAAUAGAAUUCAAAGUUAAUCCAUAUAAAGAUCAAGUCAUACUAACUAAAGUGGUGAAAAACUAGUAAUGUAUUCUGCACCAAAAUGGAUUUCGUUGUAACCGUUUGUUACUUUUCAGGGUUUCACAAGUUGGCUCAUUCACUAAGCACACUAGGUGUGAGGGUUAAUCAUCUACCGUAUUGCCUAAACCUAAGUAGAUGGUGAGGAUUUCGAAUCUGGGACUUACUGCUUUGCACACUAUUUAAUUAUUCAAGAACUAGGAUAGUCAUUAGGCAGUUCGUUGGGUUGACUUGAGAAUGUUAAUAUACAUAAAUAUUGUUAUGGCGAAAUUUAAUACAACAACCUGGUAAGAAAUACAGUCCUUUGAUCUUAUUACUAGUUCACUUGACUGUACUGAAGGUAGUGAUAAGACUGAAAUAACCGUAUGAUGUACAUAUUGUCUAACUUUCUCGCAUUCUUAAUCCCAUUAGUAGUACUAAGCGGUAUUUAGUUUCUGAAAAAAUGACUAAAGUUUCGCAAAAGCGUUCCACUUAGUUAUAUUUCUCACGUUUAACAUUGAAUCUUGCUAACUAUUGUUGUGAGUUGAUACUUUUGUUGUUGUAUACAUUCAGUACAAAAUAUUACCACAAUCGAUUGUCUCUAAAAAUCUCAUACUCUGGGAUUGGACCUUCUUUUAUUGUUAAAAGUUACUUAUUAAAUUAAAAGCAGUAAGUUUCCUUUGACCGGAAACAAAUAUGGAGGCAGAUUUCCAAUGGGAUGUUUUCUUUUGGAACCGUGAAUGUUUACCAACGAUUAUUUUCGAAUAUUCGACAUCUCACACAUCACAAAACAGUUUCUUACUACUUAGUGAUCAGACGGUAUUAUAUGGGCCACCAGGCUUCAAUUUAGCAUUUACAUUACUUCCUUUUUCCUUGGGUAGCUUGAAAAGAAAUUACAUCGCUUCUCGUGUACUUCUGAUUUUUUAAUUUUUAGAAGGCAACAUUGUUUACGUUGAUAUGUCAGAGUCACCAGAAAUUUUUGAGUGUGAAGGGGAUUAUCAAUUUGACAUUUACCGUAUAAUGCGCAAAAACAAUGGGAAUGAUUGGCGCCCCUUUCAUCCAAGUUCCAAUCUUUACUGGCUUCAUUAUCUUAUGGGAAAACUUUUAAACGAAACAUCUUAUCCCAGACGUGAUCCUGAUUCUCAACCUGUGGAAUCUGAACUGCGCGCAUUAUAUGACAUGAUACUAGCAGGUGAUUAUAAUUCUGCCACACAACUUGUGAGCUCGAGUUUCUACUUCGAUGCUUGUCGAAUCGGUUAACAGGAACUUGACGAAUUUCCCAAAACCUCUGAGAUCGUUCCUAUUUAGAUUCUUUCCGCUUUCUAAUCUUUCAUACGAAACUCUACCCUUUUGUUUUGAUAAAUGAUAUGUGUAAAGUAGAACUCUUCCCAUUCACAUUGAGGAACGUUAGCUUUUUGAGAACUCGUAUCAUGAAGUUCGGUAAUUUUAGAGCAAUUUUUCCGGUCCCUUGACAUUUGUUCUAUGUUUGUGGUUAGUUUUGGAUAUUUUUUAUAGAUCUCGUUUCGAAACCGCUUUUGUAUGAUCAAAUAUUCAUUUGCCA